AUGGAUUCUGAAGUGAUCAGUGAACUCCUCAAGGCGAUCCGGGACGCUGUCUCAACAACACAUCAGAAGGAUGAUGACAUCGCUCUGCCACUAUUUGACCCGGAUAAAAACGACUGUGGAGCUAAGAACUGGUGCUGCAGUAUCGAGACACUUGCAUCGGAAUUGAAGUGGAGCAGUAUCAAGACUGCAGCUAAAGCUGGUAAGGCCCUGAAGGGUUCUGCCUUGACGUGGUUUGAAUCAUGGGAACCUUCGGAAGGCAGAUCCUGGGAAAAGUUUCGUGCUGAUAUCAUCGAUGCCUUUCCUGAAAGGAAAAACUUGUCCGAAAAACUCAGUAAGGCAGUAUUAUAUAAUUCAGACUCCGCGGACUCUUACGGAGAAUAUGCGAGAGAAAAACUGAGGUUAUUUCGGAACACUAAAAUCGCCUUCACCGAUGAACAAUUGAUCGAAUUAAUUUGUGGGGGUAUUAGUGAUGUUGAUGUAAGGAUGGCCUCUCUAAAUAAUGGCGUAACUACAACUUCUGCUCUUAUCUCUCUUCUUUCAAUAUACAUAAAAACCAAAAAGAGAGCCUUAGAAAAUACUGAUUCGGGCCCAUCAUCAGCUAAACGCCCAAAGCUCAACGGUGAAAGGAAAUGUUUUGCUUGUAACCAAGUCGGCCAUUUGCAAUCUCAGUGUCCAAAAAGUAGAAACGCUGUCAACUACCCAGAUAUAGAGAUUAUCACCGAUUCUUUAGGAAGCCGUUUCUCUAGAAAGGCGGUUGAAACCAAGGCAGAAGUAAACAUAUGUACUACUUCGACCGAAUUAAGUGAAUUAACUUCUAAAAUCAAACAUUUAGAUUCAGCAUUACAAGAAAGAAUAAAAAUUAUUUUCACAAAAUACCCUUCUGUCUUGGAUGAAACCAGUACUGUGAAAACCGGCGAAUUAAGAUUAACUUUGGUUAAAAAUGAGAUAGUUAACUACCGUCCAUAUCGCCUAGCACCGAUAGAGAGAGAGAAGAGAGCUUCAAAUAGAGCAUCAUAUGGUUGCCACGGGCACGCCAAGAGGUAA